AUGACCACGGAUCCUCCCUCCAAACGGGGCCGGUCUGAGGCUGUCACCCAUGAUGCCAACGAGGUCAUCGAGCUUGUCUUCGACGUCGGGAUGGAGUCCGAGGAGCAGGCGUACAACCCGGACAUGUGCCACCAGCUAUUCGGCGAGGAGGAGCUGAUCCAGGGCCACCCCGAGCCUGCCAUAACCCUCAAGCUGUCUGCUGCCUUCCAUGCCCUCCUGGAGGUCGACUCUGGCGGCAAAAAGGAGCCGGGCGCGACAGAUGUGGUCGGGCCUUUCAAGGAGGCGUUCAGUGAUGCCCUCUUCACGGACGAGGAAGCCUUCCAAAGGGCUGCCGCGCAGGAGGGCUCUCUUGAUGUGGCAGCCCUGGGCACACCAGUCUCUAUUCCUGGGGACUGGGCCCCGGGAUGUGCUGGCGGUGAACUCUCCCUGCAGCUGCUGGCCAGCAGCAUCGCCAGCGCCACCCCCCAGCUCAAGGCCCUGCACGCCCGCCUGCAGCCCCUGCUGCUCUUCUACAUCGACGCCGCCAGCAUGAUCGAUCAGGAGGACGACAGCUGGGACCUGAUCCUGGCCCUCGCCGAGACCCCGGGCGGCCAGCGCGUGGCGGGGUUUGCAACGCUCUACUCCUUCUUUGGCUGGCCGGACAGCAAACGCAUGCGCCUGAGCCAGGUGUUCGUGAUCCCUGCUUUCCAGAAGCGAGGGGUGGGGCGGGCCCUGCUGGCCGCCGCCACGGUCCACGCUCAGGCGGCCGGAGCGCUGGACAUGACGUGCGAGGACCCGACCGAGGACCUGCAGCGCCUGCGUGACCGGUUGGACGUGCAGCGUGCACGGCAUGCACCGUGGCUGCUGGAAGCGGCCAGGAGGGUGUCUGGUCUCGCACCUGGGGCCACAACAGCCUUGGAAGGCAAGGGUGAAGUCGGCGAAGGGCAGGCAGCCUUCCACACCACCAUCCCCGCCGACAUAACCAAGCGCGCGCGUCAGGAGCUGUGCCUCUGCAAGCAUCAGGCGCAGCGGGUCUGGGAGGUGCUGCUCUACGAGUUCCUGCUUGAUGCCAAGGGGCAAGACGGGGCAGACCGAGCCAUGCAGCAAGCCAUCCGGCAGAAACUGUCGACCGCCAUCUCUGCGGCCGAGACCGGCUCGAAAGGCAAGGUCACGCAGGAAACGGAGUCCGGCUUUGUCCUGCAGAAGCGGCGGCGGCGAGACGCAGGGCUUGGCGUCGGUGGGAGGCCAGAAACCCCAUCUGUACCCGUAGAGGAGGGGUCCGCCGAGGCCAAGGCUGCGGCCGUGGAGCAGGCCGUCGAGGCGCGGCUGGAUGCCAUCGCGAGUGUGGCGCAGCGGCGAGGCUCGACGCUGGCCUGA